AUGGAAAGCGGUGAUGAGCUCAAUAUAACCACUGGAGGAGAUGAAGAUGGAAAUGAUAGGGAUGACGACCAAGACAAUGACGAUGAUGCACAGGGUGAAACGGAUGAUGAAAACACUAUCUGUCUCAAGCCACCAGAAGAACGACAGGAGAUUGAACGAGAGAUUGCUAGUCUGGAAGAUGCAGUCCCUCUGCUUCGCGAGGACUACAAGAUCGUCGACAGACUUGGUACAGGCACAUUCUCUUCCGUUUAUAAAGCGAUAGAUUUGGGCUACCACGAUAAAUGGGAUAACAAUCCUUGGCAUGGCCAUCAUCCGUCAACUUCAUCUGCAUACUAUCAGUCUGUGGAGCGUGCAACAGAGAGCAAGGUGUUCGUUGCUAUCAAGCGAAUAUACGUCACUAGCAAUCCCGAACGCAUACGGAAUGAAAUAUCUAUUAUGGAAGAUUGUAGAGGUUGUCGGCAUAUAUCCCAAUUAAUAACCGCUUUUCGUCAUGAAGAUCAAGUUGUUGCCAUCAUGCCCUACCACCGCAAUGAGGAUUUCCGGGAUUUCUACCGUGACCUGCCAAUGGCUGGUAUAAAGUCGUAUUUUCGCUGUAUGUUUCGUGCACUACGCGACAUACAUGCCAGGGGCAUUAUACAUCGUGACGUGAAGCCUGCUAAUUUCUUGUUUGACCCUCGUACCGGAAUUGGUACAUUGUGUGACUUUGGUCUUGCAACACCUAGUCAUAAUGCAUGCCUGCACACCGCUCCUUCACGUGAAAAUCCUCAUGGCCGGAUCCGACAACGUAGUGAGUAUGACCUGGAUCACUUGAAAAAGAUGCAGAAGGAAGCACGGCAGAAAAGCUCUUGGCCUAGUGAUAGGGUCGGUUACCCUGACAAGGACACUCGUGCUCACUCGAAAGCUAACAGAGCCGGAACUCGCGGGUUUCGUGCACCAGAAGUCCUGCUAAAGUGUAGUCAGCAGUCGGGUGCAAUCGAUGUUUGGUCUGCUGGGAUGAUAUUGCUUUUCUUCCUUACUGGCAAGUUCCCACUUUUCCAAUCCAGCGACGAUGUCGAGGCUCUCAUGGAAGUUGCUGUCAUCAUCGGUCGACAAAAAAUGGAAAGAGUAGCUAUGUUACAUAGUCGGACAUUUGCGACAAAUAUUCCUUCACUGGCGCACGAAGGAAUAUCAUGGCGGGAUUUUGUCGAGAGGCAAAACCCUGAGAUAUUCGAUCCCCCAAAACCGAACCCUCAUAUCGAAGCUGCUUUUUCGCUUCUUGCUGAACUUAUGCAACCAGAGUCGACGCGGCGCAUAACGCCACGUAGCGCUUUAUAUCAUCCCUUCCUUGCGGACCCUUCAGAGCCCGAAGAUGACGAGUUUUUCCCUCACCCUUUUGGCCAAGGCGCAUGUGCAGAGUGGCAUUUCCUGGAUGACGUUACGGAGGAACCUUGUGUGAUGGUGAAUGUGGAUGGUGAGGAAAAAGUGAAGAGGUUGGUGGCUGGAGAGGGCAUUGCGAUUGGGCGGUGGCCUUGUGAGUUCCACAGACAGGAUUUUGGUUGCACGAUGUGAGGGGAAACAGGGGAAAGCCUGAAAGUUUCUUGCGAAAGCAUCGAGCAGCACCUGUAGAAGACAUGCAAAAGGCUAAUGGGCACAAAUGUAACACUACUCUACUUUAGCACGUAGACUUUCUACGAUUAAUAAAAGACGUAACCAACG